AUGUAUAAUAUCCUUUUAUUAAUUACAGCAACGAUUGUAAAUGGAUAUUUAUCGUAUAAAGAGGGUGGAUAUGAUUACACAAAUGUAUUUCCUAGUAAUGGAGUGUUGCCAAAUGGUACAAAAUGCACUAAAGUUGAUGCUUAAAAACUAAAUACACUUUUUGAUAAAGAUUAAAUAAUCUAUUCUGGUUAUUUGAGUGUAUUAAAAGAUAGCAAAUCUAGUUUGGGAUUCAUAUUUUAUGGAUCAUAAAAAGCAACUUAAGAAUCUGAUCUUUCGAAAUUUCCAACAUUAAUAUGGCUUAAUGGAGGUCCUGGAUCAUCAUCUUAAUUAGGUAAUUUUAUGGAAUUAGGUCCUUUAAUUAUGAAGGAAGAUGGAACUUUUUAUAAAAAUAAAUAUGCUUGGAAUACAGAAUAUAAUGUUAUAUUUGUAGAUUAACCUAUUGGAGCAGGAUUAGCAUAUCCUGAAAAAUAAGAAGAUGUUCCAACAAAUUAAAAAUAAAUUGGUGAGUAAUUUUUAUAUGCUUUAUUAUAAUUUUUAUAUGAUUCUGAAGGAUGUGUUAAGAAAAACUCAAUUCUUGGAUUAUAAAAAUCUCCAUGGUUUAUUUUUGGAGAAAGUUAUGCUGGAAAGUAAUAUAAAUUUAAAUAAUUAGAUAUGUUCCAACAAUAGCUAAAGCAAUAUUAGAUUAUAAUAUAUAAGCAACUACUCCAAUUCCUUUAAAAGGUAUAGGAAUAGGAGAUCCUUUUACUGAUCCUUAUGCUGUUAUAGCAGAAUAUGCUUCAUAUGCAUUUAAUUUAGGUUUAAUUGAUGUAUAAGAGAGAGCUUAAAUUGAUUCUAUUAUUGUAUAUGGAUUAAAUGAAUUAAAUAAAGGAAAUUCAUUAAAUGCUAGAGCAGCUUUUGAUAAAUCUUUAGAACUUAUUGGAGAAUAUGAUGGAGGAAUGAAUGUUUAUAAUGUAUUAUAAUAUGGAACUUAUAAUUAAGCAAAAACUUAUAUCUAAAAUUAUUUAAGAGAUCCUUUUAUAUUAAAUUAAUUAGGAUUUAGUAGUGAUUGGAUAUAUAAAAUUAGUAAUGGAGCAGAUGGUCCAGUAUAAAAAGCUUUAGCUUAUGAUUUUAUGUUAAGAGAUGUUGUUAAAACUGUUGAAGAAAUAUUACCUAAAAUUCCACUUUUUGUAUUUAGUGGAUAAAAUGAUUUAAUUUGUUCAACUCCUGGAACUUUAAGAUGGUUAUAUGAUUUAAAAUAUAGUAAAAUUGAAGAAUAUAAAUAAAAAGAUCUAGAAAUUGUUAAACUUCUUGGUACUGAAAAAAUUGUAGGUUAUUAUAAAUCAGCUGGAAAUCUAGAACUUCAAUUAGUCAAUAAUGCAGGACAUAUGAUACCUACAGAUUAACCUUAAGCUGCUUUAGAAAUGAUUGUUAAAUUUGUUAACAAGCACAAAAAUUGAU